AUGGCCGGUGGCCAGGACGUGCUUUGUGUGGAAAAGUGCUUCGUCAUAUCGGAAGCACACCGAAGGCGCGGAAGGCUUGGACGCCGAUCCGAGCUUUCGCGGUCGGAGCGGCGCACAGUCCGGUACCACAGGAGCGGCACAAAGGUAGGAUCCCCCAGCAAAGGCAAACACCUCUGGGAUCCCAGUAACGUGGCCUCCUCCAGCUGGCCAGCUCAUACCUCCACAUUCCGUUCGGGAGAGGCCAGCAGCCCUGAGUGCGUGAAAGCCCAGUAGGAGGAGAGUACCUUUUGGCCUUUAAGUGGAGGUAAUUCCUCCUCCUCCCAUUCCUCAGGCCCAGGCUCGGGAGCGCUCUCUGGAGACUGCCUGAUUCGAAGCACUCCGCGUUCUUUUCGUCCACGAAAUCCCAUCCGUAAAAAAAUGGGUUCUCUAGAUGAUGCCAGCAACUUGAGAUUUAAUUCCAAACACAGUUCCCAUAAUUCCACUAACCCUGAAUUUGCAGCCAAAGCCGAGGGUCAAAAUGGUAACACUGCGGAACCAAACACCGUCCAGAGAGGGAGGGGCAGACAGAGCGACCAAGGCUCUUCAGUGACCUAUGGAAUGCCUCUCCGGAGCAUAUUGAUAAAAUCAAAGCCAAAAGGAAAGGGAGAGGCUGCCACUAGUGCAAAAUGGAGCACAAGAGAGCAUGGACAAAAGCCAGCGAAGACCGUCACCUUCGCUAGUUCUGUCACUUUCUUAAGUCCUCAGAAACAGAAAGCUUCAGCCCCAGAGGUCAGAGCAGAGAAAGAAAAGAUGAGUGACUUCCAUGACAGGGUAGUGCUUGUAGAUCCUCACAAGAAACCCAGUUUGAAGCCAAUUGGUUACGAAAGAGCAGUCCGUUCUAAAAAAGGCUCUUCAGCCCUAAAAUUUCUAGAGAAGCAUGACGCUAAUUCAGAAAUCCAAAACCAUAAAGAAAGGAGAGGGGUGAUUAAGCACUCCUCUUCAGAAAGUUACCGGCCUAAGGUGGAUGAGAUUUCUGCAGCCAGAGUUUCUCAGGAGAAGCCAGGCUCACUGAGUCCCUCAGGAGUUUCAAAGCCUUCAUCCUUCACCACUGAAGGUGUCAUACAUCAGCCUCCUUUGUACAGUGGUCCUUUGCAUGGCUAUGACAGCUACCAGACCAGCAGUCUCAAGCCUUCUCACAAUCCCACCCUUGGUAGCAGCAGCAACAAUACAUUGCAGGCUGGGAAGAGCAGACGCAGAUUCUUCAGUAAUUAUUCCUCCAAUGCUACAAUGCACUUCCAAAACUGGUCCAGAGACCUGAACGCAUCAAAGGAAGGUCAUUCCCAGAAUUCUGGUUCAUUUCAUUUCCCCAGAAGUUCAGAAGCAAAGAUGAAGGAGAAAAGAGCAUUCCAAGAGGCAACGCCAUCAUGUCCUCGAGGAGGACAUGCAUCUAGUUCCCUGCCAAAGAGCCACUGGGAGCAAAGCCUAAAAGAGGGUUUCAUUGACACUCAUUGUCACUUAGACAUGCUCUAUUCCAUGUUGUCUUUCAAAGGGACCUUUACCAAGUUCAGAAAAAUUUACAGCCAUUCCUUCCCUAAGGAAUUUCAGGGCUGCAUCACUGAUUUCUGUGAUCCUCGCACACUAAGGAAUAGCCUAUGGGAGAGUCUCUUGAAAGAGGAUCUGGUUUGGGGAGCCUUUGGCUGUCACCCCCAGUUUGCAGAUUUCUACAGUGAGUAUCAAGAAAGAAAUAUUUUGCAAGCCUUACGGCACCCCAAGGCUAUAGCGUUUGGAGAAAUGGGUUUGGAUUACUCUUACAAGUGCAUUACACCCAUCCCACAGCAGCACAAGAUAUUUAAGAGACAGCUGCAGCUGGCUGUGUCUCUAAAGAAGCCCUUAGUGAUCCACUGCCAAGAUGCUGACAAAGAUCUGCUGGCCAUCAUGAAAAAAUUUGUGCCCCCUGACUACAAGAUCCAUAGGCAUUGCUUCACUAGCAGUUACCCAGUCAUCGAGCCCCUUUUGAAGUACUUUCCCAACAUGUCUGUGGGCUUCACAGCAGUCCUGACUUACACUUUUGCCUCCGAGGCCCGUGAUGCUCUGAAAAAGAUCCCAUUGGAGAGAAUUGUCGUGGAAACGGAUGCUCCCUACUUCCUGCCUCAUGGGGUUCCCAAAAGCCUUUGCCAGUAUGCCCACCCAGGCAUGGCCAUGCACACAAUUCAAGAGAUUGCCAGAAUCAAAGAUCAGCCGCUCCACCACAUCUUGGCCACCUUGCGUGGGAACACUAGUCGCCUCUACAGUAUUUAA